GAGGGACGUUGCUUACAUAUCUCACGAUCGGCGCUAUUUUCAGUGCCAAGACCUGUCUUGUUUGCCGUUUAGGGAAUCGCGGCUAAGAAUUGGCGGGGGUGGGAAGGCCGCGACUCAGAUUCAUACCACUUACAACCUGUAAGCAUCGGACAACUUCACAGGAGCUAUUCUCAAAUUUAUUUCUAUAAAAGCCUCAAGAAUUCCUAUUAAUAUCAUGGCAUCUACACUUCCAGAUUCCCUAUUAACCAAGUUUCAUUUCUUAGCUAUAAUAUACAAUGUCUCUACGGAAAUCGGUCUUGAUCACCGGCAGCUCCGGAGGCAUCGGUGCAGCAUUAGCUGAGGUCUUCCGCGAAAAGGGCUACCACGUUUUUGCAACUGCACGAAAUCCAUCAAAAAUUCCACCUACUCUUUCCAGUGCGGCGAAUGUCACGGCUCUAACUCUCGACGUACUAUCGUCAGAGUCGAUUUCUGCUGCUGUUGAGAGUGUGAAAAAAGAAACUGGCGGCACACUCGACAUCCUAAUCAAUAACAGCGCCGGGAUCAAAAUUUUACCAGCUCUAGAUACGUCUAUUGAAGAUGGUAAAAGAUUAUUUGACCUCAAUUUCUGGGCGCCGUUCGCUAUGCUUCAAGCCUUUGCCCCUCUCCUAAUCGAGGCCAAAGGAUGCAUUGUGAAUAACUCGUCUGCGAGUGCUUAUUCCCCUAUGGCGCUUUCGAGUGUCUACAAUAGUUCGAAAGCUGCUCUUGCCAUAGCCAGCGAGACGUGGCGUCAUGAACUCCAACCUCUCGGAGUUCGGACCGUUACUCUCAUUACCUGUGCCGUGAAGACUGGGUCCUUUGAUAAAUACCAGAGAGACGAACUACCCGCGUCUUCGAAGUAUUACGGCAUUCGGGAUUUCAUCUAUAGUCUUAGUGACGGCCGGCUUCAAGACGGUGCUAUCAGCUCGAGGCAGUAUGCAACUAAGGUUGUUAGAGAGAUCGAAGGCGGCUCUACUGGGGUAGUUUGGGCCGGUACCCACGCACUCCUGCUUCGGCUAUUAUGUUGGUUACUACCCAAGUCACUUUUUGAUAUGGUGGUACAGAGUGUCGUGCCUAUUUCUAGCGAGAUGGCCAAAGCUGAGCGGAAGAAGAAAGUCUAAUCAAAGAUAAGCUGUAUACAUGCAACUGCGUACUUAACCCUUUGAUAGGGAGGAGUAAUGGCUUAAUUCCAAUUGCACUAUUUCUAUUCUUGCUCUAGUAGAUACCCUAGGCCUAGGUAUCUAGACUUAGAUCGUCAUAUUGUAAGGUUGUACAAGUAGCAUGUAAACAAUAUUAUUCAUGUAUAAACACGAUUGGACAUAUAAGGUGC